UAAUUAGAUUAACAUCAAAAUUUCUAUUCGUAUUUACUAUUAUAAUACAGUUGAAAGCUUGAAAAAAAAAUUUAUAUUCAUAUCAGAUUUAGAAAUAUUUUAAGUAUAUAUACAUAUAUACUUAAAAUACUCUUUCGUACCUGGCAUAUCUUAUUGCCGAAAAUGAUGUCUGCACAAAGAUUCGAAGCCUAAUCUUAAGCUUAUGUACAUACGCUUUACGUGUAUAUAUGCAUGUAUACAUUGAGAUCGUUAAGUUAAACAUGAGUAUAACAUUGUUUUAUCCCGAAUAUUUUACAUAUCAUGUAUGUUAUUUGAUUAUUUCGUAUAUACUUUUCCACUUGAUUCUUUUCUUAUUAAUAAGUGACAUAGGUACAUACUUUUAUUUAUCAUUAGAUUUCUGAACUUUAUGGAAUAUUCAUGUAAAAUUCAUUUAUCACAAAUUGAUAUUAAUUUUGUUGUUUUUUUUGUUUUGUAAUUAAUUAAUGUAAAUAUAAAUGUAGACGAAUCAGAAAAAUAUUGAUUAACAUGAGUGAAAACGACGUAAAAUAUAUUAUAAAAGGCAAAUUUGAAAGUGUAUAAUAAUUGUCAAAUAGUAGGUCAAUUUGUAUAUACAUAUAAGAUCACUAUAAAUUUUCUUUAAGCUCAGUAAUCUAAAUUAAAUAAAUUGUAUGUGUGCAUAGAUAAAAAGAUUAGUUGAGUUAAAUCCAUUCGAUCAAUCAAUACUCUUUAUGGAACAUUUGAAUUUCAUUAAUUAAUACAAAAAAAAAAGAGCAAAGAGAUAAGGAUCUAUCUACAAAAUAAAAAAUUAAAAAAAAUUAAAAAAAAAUAAUAAAAAAUAAAGGCAUGAUGUAAUAAAAUUCAAAGUGUAAUAAUAGGUGAUAAAUAGCAUGCAAGAGAGGAUAGUGUUUUCAUAAAAUCGUAAUAGUAUAACAUUUAUCUGUCUUACGGAAAUGAAAAUAAUGCGAUGAUCUGCUUAAGAUAAUGAAUAAAGUAAACAUCAUGUGUAUGUAAUGUAUUGAUACUAAUAAUGUUUAUUGUUAAAAAAGAAAAAAAAUCAUAACAAUAUUCUGUUUGUGGGUAUAUAUGGAGAAGAAAAAGAGAUCAUUAAAACAUUCUAUUUUUUAAUCGAAUAUUUAUUUCUUCCUCUUCAGUUAUUUUAACAGCGACAAAUAUUAUGAUUUAAAAAAAAAAAAAUGUACAAGAUGCUUGGAGUUGCAUGCGGUUUUUAUGAGAUUAUUUACAGUACGUAUUUACAGUACGUACAGCAUCAGUUGCUCUUCUUUCUCCCUCCCCCUCUCUCUCCUUUCUCGCUAUAUAUUAUUACUGCACGUUCGAACUUGAAAUCUCAAAUGUCAGUCGUGUGCGUACUUUGAACGAGCGAGGGUUGUGUGGUGCCUCCGACGACUUCGAAAGCUGUUUAGAACGAACGAACGAACGAAGAUAAACAGCAUCGAUGACAUUAAAGAAAAUGGAACGUUGUUCGUUCAUUGUCUUGUUUGGGACGAUCGUUAUACUGAAAAUUUUUUCGAAUGUCUUCUUGUCGCUUUAUUCGACAUGGACGUCCAUUGUUUUAACGUUAUUCUAGUGCUUCCACCUCAAAUCGAACCAGAAAAUUCUUUCACAAAUCACAUGAUCAGAAUAGUUCCAAUUAAUUCCAAGGAUACUUUUUCAGUACAAGCUUUGUACAUAAGUACACGAUACAGUAUCAUACCAAGAUUAAAAAUUCGUCGUGCUGUGGAGGAAGAUAAUGACGACAUAAUACCGAUAAUCGACGCAGACUCGUCCUAUGUGAAGGAAUUGUACGGGGAGUAUUACAUAAGCGAAAUGACUCGAUAUCCGGACGGUCGCCGUCAUUUAAUCGUAUCCGAGGACGACAAUGGUUUAGCUACCGGAGUGAUCUGCGUUAAUUCGACAAUCGAUGUCGAUCUUUUAAAUGAGAAUUUUGAAUUGACUAUUUAUGGUGGACUUAGGAAAACCCAUGAAACAGAUCAGGAUCGGAAGAUAUUAAGAAAAAAUGCAAGCGAGAUUUUAUCCAAAAUUUUUGCUGACAAAAUUUUCCAGGAUAUAUUCUUAGAUAAGUCGAAAUAUGAGCAAAAAUCAAAUGCAAUCGAUGAGGAUGAACUUGAGAUUGAAAUGAAUUUCGUGGAUGAUGAAACUCGUAUAAAUAGUUCGAAAAAUGUAGAAUCUAUCAAUAUAAGAAUAGAUGCAGAAUAUCAAACUGUUGAUAAUGAAAUCGAAGAAGUUGAAAAGAAAUCGUUUCCUAAAGAAAAAAAACACGUCCGUAUGAGUGACGUUGUUUACGACGAUGAACUAACUCUAGUACAUACCCUUCUAUUCACUCUUCAUUUUAUUUUCAAUAUCAAUCAAUAUAUCUGUCCUUUAUAUCUUCAGAAUAAAGAAAAAAAUUCAAAAAAUACGAAUGAAAUCCAAUCAUUAUUACGUAAAACAUCAUUGAAGAAAGAAACUUCUUAUCAAGAAUCGAAAGAUGAAGAUCCUCUGGAAUUUAUUAAGAAUUCCGAACAAAAUGAUAGACCGUCGAUUUCUAAUCAGUUUAAUGUUAACAUUAUGUUCGAAGAUGCGAUACUUCAAGUACCAAAGAUACAUCAGGGAACAUCAACGUUGAAUUUCGUCGAAUUAGAACCGACUCAUAUGAAACAAGAUAUUUUGGUGGAUUCCAUUUAUCAAGGCGAAAUUAAUGCAUUCGUUGUAGAGAUUUUUGCUGUACGAAAAGAUAUUGGCAAUCGUGGGACACGAGAAUUUUUGGAGGCUGCUUUUGAAUGUUUCCCUGAUUUAGAUUACUGUGUAUUACUUUUACCAUCAGCUUACUCAUACUUUUCCUUUUUGGAACAAUUCAUGCGCGUACCAUUGAGAUAUAACAAAGAUUUUCCUAUGUCUUUGUACGUGGCUCACAAGGCAAUGUUUUUCGGAGAAAUUAGAUCUCACAAAGCUGAUUUAUCCGAUCAAGCUGAAGUGAAACAAUUUUUAAUUGACAUUCCAAAAAGCAAGAAAAUAAUGGAAGAUUUUAAUCGAGCUGUAAAUGAAAAUAAUAACGAUGUUUAUAGUUAUAUUUUCACAUCUAAUAAUAUUAUCAUUGGAUUAGCUAUUGUUUGCAUUGAGAAGGAUCAUCAAGAGAUCAAAAAACAUUAUCAUGUAGAAGACUUUAUUGUGAGACAAUAUAUUUUUCACGAAGCUUAUGGUUGCCUCUUACAUUUUGUUUUAAUGCCAAUAUUUUCGAUAAAUCAGAAAUUCUUUUUCUGCGAGAUCAUGCGACUAAGCGACUUUACGGUUCUUUAUUAUCGUCUUUACGAGGAAGAAGGAAGUUCACUCACUCGAACUCAGCCAAUAGUUUCUUGUUUAAAUACUAUGGUACCAGUGAAUCCACGUAGAAAAAUAGAAUACGAAUUUUGUACUUGCCCCAAAAUGAAUGAUGAGAUUAAUGAACUUAAAAAAAAGAAAAACAAAGCAUUUUCACUUUUUAUGACAACACCAAGAAUCGCCACAAUACCAAAUCGGAUAAUUGACACGAAGAUAGUCGUCGUAGGUGGUUCCGAUUGUGGCAUAGCUUUCAUCGAAUUUUUAGCAUUAGGAUAUCUACAAAAUUUUGUCCACUUUACAAAUCUCACUUUGAUUUCACUGAAUGGAUUACCAUAUGAAAAGGAAUAUAAUGAUCUUAAGUGGGAUAUGAUCCCAUUUAAGGGAAGAUAUUGUCGUGAUUAUCGGUACCUUAUCACAAGACGUGCUUGGAUUAAUGUCAUUUACGGAACAUUGCAAGCGAUUAAUAGGAAGGAUAAAUACGUGACUGUAAUGGAUCAAGGAAACUUGAGUUACGACUUUCUGAUCUUAACUUGCGGUCUUCAAUACCAAAAGACAUUGUUCGCGAAUAAGAAAAUGCAGGAAGACAAGGAAGCUGAUAUAAAAUCAGAUAUAAUUUGGAAUUGUUUGACUAUAAACGAUGAUAUAGAAGCAUUUGUUUCAUUGAAAAAAAUUCAAUCAGUAACAAAUAAUUUCAAAGAAAAAAAGGCCAUUGUGUUUUAUGGACACAAUAUCGAUUGUUACUGCGCCAUUCAUGGAUUGAUGAAACAUGGAAUGAAAGGUUCUUGGAUCACUUUGAUCGAGCCUAAAUUAAACCUAUGUGAUACUGACAAUGAUUUUUUUCAUAAUUGUGAAGUGAACACAGCCAUAAAGAAUUCUGUUCUGGAGAAUGAAAUAAACCUUCUUUUGGGAUGGAAUGUAAUUAAUUGGACAUUGUUAGAAGAAUAUAAAGAUAAUAAAAGAAUUGAAUCAGUUAUUAUAAGAUCAGGAGCUAAUGUCGAAAUCGUUCCUUGUGACUUUUUUUUCAAUUUUUAUGACAAAGAGAUUGAUAUCAAUUCUUUUUUAGCAAUUUGUCGUGCUGGUUUAGUAUUCGACGGUCGUCUGGUGAUAAAUCCUCAAUUUCGUACAAACGAUCCAUUUAUAUUCGCAGCUGGAACCAUAACCAAGUACUCAAGAAAAUUUCAUGCCGAAUUGUUCGAGCAUAAGUAUUACAAUAGUAUAGAGAUUGGAGAAAAACUUGGUAAAAUUAUUCGCAAAGUGGUAGAUGUCUAUCAAGAAUGUAAAGGAAAAUACGAUAAUUUCGGCAGAAAUAAAUCUUGCUUAUUAUUACCGGAAUUUCGAUCACCAAUCAUUGUAUCCUGUAUAUUACCUGGUAAUUUUCAUUAUCUUUACGUCACCAAACCAGGAAAGAAGUUAUCUCGUGACAUUGUUUUAAAACAAUCUCUUUAUGGCGAUGUCAUGGUGACAGGUAACUGCUUAUCCGAAAUUGGUUAUUUCCGUUUACGUAUGAAUAUUCGGAACAUCGUAGAAUCAAUAACUUGUUGCAGUAAAAAGAAUUUCGAAAUAAAUCACUUGAUCACUUUAUACGGAAAACACGACAGUAUGUUAAACGAAGUUAAAUAUCGUUUCAGAAAUUCCCUUAUCUUGGACUUUUAUGCAUACUUCCGGGAGCCAUGGGCCAUGGCACUUUUUAACGACAGAUUCGAAUGUUUGCGAGUCGAAAAUCGUGCCACUUUAUUAUCCAAAACGAAUGUUUCCGGUGAUUCCUUAGUCGAAGAUUGCUUGCGUGCUUUGUUAAAAUCCAAAACGGGAGAGAUAUCAGAAAAGGAUCGUGAUUUAAUAAGAAAGAAAUAUAUUGGAUCUGUUUAUCAGCAAGAAAUAGAAAAUAGUGUCGUAGAUUUUUUACAAUUUUCGGAAGAAGAAUUACCUGUUUAUUGUACACCUCAUUUUAUGCGAUGGUUGUAUGCUGAUAUCGAAUCUAGCCCAUUGUUUUUUGAAGAAUGAAAUAAUAUUUUAUUCGACAAUACAUGAUAGUUAUUUUUUUUUAUAUUUAUAUGUAAUAUAAGUA